CUUGAUAUCCUGGGGAAUCUCCUCUCUCCUCUGAAACUGCUAAAAUUUCACUGACAAUAUAGGAAAAAUUAGGAGUUACUGUGUCUAAAACCCUAAACCUUUUUUCUCAUCUUCUUCAUUUCUAUAUUACUUGAUUCUGGUGCAUCAAUGAGGAAUUAGUCCUUAGUUUUAUUGUUCAUGGCUGCUCUUCGUGUAUCAUUGAGCUCUGGUAUCGAGCUUCUCCAUAUUUGUAGCUGCACCAGUAAGCUUAUUCCAGGGCCCAAUAAAGAUUUCCAUGGAAUCUCUUUGAGCUUCAGAGGAAAACCUAGGGUUCAGUUAGGAAGGCUUCGAACGCCGGCACCUUCUGUAACUCCUUCUUUGCUCACAAGUGGUAAUGAUUCAAUGAAUUUUGUGCAUUUGAUGAAUUCAUACGAAUCUCUCUCUGGGAAGAAAACCCAAUUCAGGAUUUGGGCACAUGGUGAGUCUAACGAGAGAAUGAGCGGUGGUUUGAAAAAGCGUUUCUUGCUUGGUUUGAAAAAGCGUUUCUCGCUUCGGUUGAGGCCUCGCUUGCGAUUGUUAUCGGCUAAGCUGAAGAGAGAAUUCUCCAUGGAGAGACUAGAAGAAAUGUUGGUACUGUUGCGCAGGAAUUCAAAGAGAGUUACUCUCUCCACUUUAAUGGCAUUAGUGUUGGGUUUGUGUUAUGGGUUUCUCAAGCUAACAGCAAUGCCUCAACCUAAAACAGUGCCAUAUUCAAAUUUGAUCACAAACCUUCAAUCAGGCUGUGUUUCCAAGGUUCUUUUCGAAGAGGGUUCCCGUCGGAUAUAUUUCAAUAUAAACACUGAUUCUCAUAUUGAUUCCAAGUCAUUUGAUGAUGUUUCAUCAAUAUCGGAGAGUAAAAAAGUGGGUUUUCAUGAAUCAGAAGCUGCUUCAUCUGAGAAAGCUGCUUCAUUUGAGAACAAUAGUAAGAAAUUUGGGUUUGGUGAGAAAGGCAAAGCUCGGGGGCAAACAGAGUGGCAGUACCUGACCAGAAAAAUCGACCAUGAUGAGAAUUUUCUACUUGGUUUGAUGAGAGAGACAGGAACUAUGUAUAGCUCAGCUCCCCAGUCAGUUCUCAUGUCUAUGAGGAGUGUGUUGAUCACUAUUUUAUCUCUUUGGAUUCCAUUGACUCCUUUGAUGUGGCUGCUCUAUCGGCAACUAUCUACUGCUAAUAGUCCAGCAAAGAGGCGUCGAACCACCAGUAAAACUGUGAGUUUUGAUGACGUGGAGGGGGUUGAUGCCGCAAAAUCAGAGCUCAUGGAGAUAGUAUCAUGCUUACAAGGAUCAAUUAAUUACAACAAACUCGGGGCAAAGUUGCCAAGAGGUGUGCUUUUGGUGGGGCCUCCAGGAACAGGGAAAACAUUACUAGCACGUGCAGUGGCUGGAGAAGCAGGAGUGCCCUUUUUCUCUGUCUCUGCUAGUGAAUUUGUGGAGUUGUUUGUUGGAAGAGGUGCAGCUCGAAUCAGAGACCUCUUCAAUGUAGCAAGGAAAUGUUCACCAUCAAUCAUUUUUAUUGAUGAGCUUGAUGCAGUUGGGGGAAAACGAGGAAGAAGUUUCAAUGAUGAACGGGACCAAACACUAAAUCAGUUAUUGACAGAAAUGGAUGGGUUUGAGUCAGAUAUGAAGGUGGUUGUUAUUGCUGCAACCAAUAGACCAGAAGCAUUGGAUCCAGCUCUCUGCAGGCCUGGCCGGUUUUCUAGAAAGGUAUUGGUCAGGGAACCAGAUGAAAGUGGAAGGAGAAAGAUCUUGGCUGUUCAUUUACGAGGAGUUCCGUUGGAGGAGGAUCCAAAUGUGAUCUGUAAUCUAGUUGCCUCUCUCACCCAUGGUUUUGUCGGAGCUGAUCUUGCAAACAUAGUUAAUGAGGCUGCCUUGCUUGCUGCUCGGAGAGGUGGUGAAUUGGUGACCAGAGAAGAUAUAAUGGAGGCAGUAGAAAGAGCAAAGUUUGGCAUUAGUGACCGGCCAACAAAUGAAAACUCAAUAACCAAAGAGCUUGGAAAGUUGUUUCCAUGGAUGCCCUCUCUUGUUGGAAGGACUAAUGUUACAAGAGAUGAUGGAUGGCAGCAACCUCCAGGCUACCAAACUCUAAGCUAAUCCUUGACAAGGUACGAGUGCUUAUGUAUUUCCUACACUCUUACUACUAAAAGUGGGUGUCCAGUCUGCCCAGUAAAAUAGAUGGAAAAUUAAAAGGAAUGUUCUUUGAGACUCUUUUUCAAAUGAAAGAUAAAGAGUCUCCAUGUCCCUCAUUUUCAGUUUUGUUGUGUAUUAAUGGAUAUUCUCCUCUUUCUCAAGCAUUUAAUAGAAUUUCUUUUUUUGAAUC